AAAAAGUGUUUAAAUAAUAGCCACAAAAAAGCUGUUUAAAGCUUAAAACUUACAACAAUAAAAAAGCAAUCAACUUUUAAAAUAAAAAGUGAUGGAUAAAACGAGUAACGUCAGCAGUAGUCCGAGUCCGAGUCCGAGUGAGUGUCGCGUUACCAGAUCGAGUAUGACGCCAACGCUGCGUCUGCAGCAGAGCCCCAGGCGUCAACAGCAGCAACAGCAGCAGCAACAACAGCCAAUCGAUGAACAACAACAACAAAAACAGCAAUUAAAAGUCAAAUCACCGCAGCAGCAGCAACAGCAGCCGCUGCCAACGUCAACAUCGACGCCGACGCUUCAUCAAUUUCGUGCGCCGGCCCAGCAACAGCAUGCGACAAAGCACAAGAGCAACAACAACAACAAUAACAACAGCAACAAUGGGGGCAAAGCAUGGAGCAAGCGGCAGCACAAGGCUAGCGGUAAAUACAAUGCGAGCGCCUGCGUCGGCGCCAAUGCUCAACAACAGCAGCAGCAGCAACAGCAUCAUUCUUCGCAUCAUCAUCAAAAUCAUCAUCAUCAUCAGCAACAGCAGCAGCAGCAACUACAGCAGCAGCAGCAUCAGAACAAUGGCAGCAGCAGCAUUGCUGCUCAGGCCUCUGCCGGCGCUGGCGUCGGUGCGACGGCCGCCGCAGUUGCCGCACACAAAGCGGAUCUCGAGAAUAUACAAAAUAUCAAAAAUCAAAUUGCUGCUCACGUCAGUGGUGGCAGCGGCGUCGGCGUCAACAACGCCUCGCAUCAUGGCAGCAGCGCACAUCACAGCCUAGGUGGCAGCGCUGCUGGCGUUGCGGGUGCCGGCGUUGGCAACGCUGGCAGCGUUGGCGGUGGUGGCGGUGGUGCUCACAAUCAUCAUCAUCAUCACAGCCACAAUACGCGACUGGCGCAGACGGCGGCAUCGAACAACGGUUUGCUGACAAUGGAUGCCAAGCUGGGCGGACAUGGUGGACAUGGCGGCCUGAAGGGACAGCAGCAGCAGUACAAAAAGAUGCUGACUCACAGGGGUCAUCAUCAUCAUGUGCUGUGUGCUGGGAACAAUGCGAAUCACACUUGCUGCUUGGUCACCGGCUGUAAUGGCGGGAGUGUUGGUGGCGCCUCCGGCAAGGACACGCAAAGCAGCAACAAGGACACCAGUUCGCUUAGCGGCAACAGUAGCAUUAUUUCGAGCAGCGCAGCAGCCGCUGCCGCCGCAGCAGCAGCCGCAAAUGCCGUUCAUUAUUGUUGCGGCCGAUCGAAAUUCUUUUUGCCAGAGAAACGCUUGCGCAAAGAGGUGAUUGUGCCACCGACGAAAUUUCUGCUGGGCGGCAACAUAUCGGAUCCGCUCAAUCUGAAUUCGCUGCAACAUGAGAACACGUCGAAUGCGUCGUCGAGCAACAAUACGCCGGCGACGACGCCGCGUCAGUCGCCGAUAACGACGCCGCCGAAGGUGGAGGUGAUAAUACCACCGAAUAUUCAUGACCCGUUGCAUCUGCUCGAUCCCGUUGAUUCGAUGGAGUACGAGAAGCAGCUGACGUCGCCGAUGAAACGGGGCGGCAUGUUGACGCGCGGCAGCAGCAGCCAGCUGCAGUUGCAGUUGCAGCCGCCGCCGCAGCAGCAUCAUCGGCAGCAUCGAACGCGCAAGAAUCGCAAACGUCGCCGUUUCGAUUCCAAUAAUACCUCGUAUGCUGGCGACGACGCCGUCCUCGUUGCAGAGGGCGCAGAGGCGGCGUCGACGCUUUCGAUUUCACUCGAAGAUUCGACAACUACAGCGGCAGCAGCUGUGGCAGCAGCCGCCGCAGCAGCAGCAUCAGUAAUUAAUACAGCAGCAGCAGCAGUCGCAACAGAGGCAGCGGGCGCAGCAACAGCAGCAGCAAAUGUCGCCGCAGUCGCGACAACAGAAGCUGCAUUAAUAAUAACAACAACAGCGGCGUCACCAGUGGCUGCACUGAGCGCAACUCUGCUGAGCGAGGCGGCAGCAGCGGCAUCGGUUGAAACAUUGGAAUUGGCACAGCAGCAGGCGCAUGUGCGCUCUCGCUCUCCGCAAGCGGCAGCGACGGCCAUGGAAGAGACAACAACGCCAGCGCUAGCGGCCGGCGCACAAACGCUCUCUCCCCAGGAACAAAUGGAAUGUAACGCAAUGCAGCCGGCAGCGGCGUCAACGUUAUCGCCACAGCAACAACAGCAACAACAACAACAGCAGCAGCAACAUGUGGCUGCUGCUGCUGAGCCAUCGUCAAGAAUUGACAUGGCAGCAGCAUUAGACAACAGCAGCUCAGCCGAUUUGCUGGUCGACGCAACGACAGUCGCUGCUUCGACAACGACAGCUGCGGCGCUGGCUGUGGCGUCGACGUUGGCCGAUCGUCGUGCGCUGGCCAGUCGUGAUUUGCGCUUGGAUUUGGACAGCACGUGCUACGGUGUUGGCGGCACGGGUCUGAGCUUCGCUGCUAGCGUCGGCAGCGGCAGCAGGAAACGUAAAAUAAGCGAGAGCAAUUCGCAAAAGAGCAAGAAAUUCCAUCGUCAUGAUGCCAUGGACAAGAUUGUUAGUCCUGUGGUGCCACAACCUGGUGCGUGGAAGCGUCCACAGCGUCAGCUGCAGCCGAGUGGGGCACGCAAACCGAACACGCGACGUUCCACAUCCUUUAGCGAAACGGAGCUGCUCAGUCCCAUCGAGGAGUUGCCACCCAAACCACUGCCCGAGGUUGUUGCAGUCGAGUUGCCACGCGACGAUACGCCCGAUCUGUCGGAGCAAGGAGUCGGAAGUCCGCUGAGCGCCAUUUCCGCUGCCACAUCGCACACGACCGGCGAACCGGAAGCACUUGCAGCAGAUGAGCCGGCAACAACAACAGCAGCAGCAGCAUUAGUUGCAGCAGCAGCAGCAGUUGCAACAUCAGCAGUUGCAGCAGCAGCAACAACAGCAGCAGUUGCCCCAACUGUGCUUGGCUUAAUGCUCGAACCCCAAAUAAUUCCCCCGCCCAUCCACAAGCUGCCCAAAUUCCGGGCGGAUGGCGUCAAGUAUCGCUACGGCAAUUUCGAUCGUUACGUGGACUUCAGGCAACUGAACGAGUUCCGGGAUGUGCGGCUGCAGGUGUUCGAGCGGCAUGCGGAACUGUUCCAGAACAAGGACAUCCUCGAUGUCGGCUGCAAUGUGGGUCACAUGACCAUCACGGUGGCCCGUCACCUGGCCCCCAAAUCCAUACUCGGCAUCGAUAUCGAUCAGGAGCUCGUCUCGCGCGCUCGUCGCAACCUGUCCAUAUUUGUGCGGAUACCCAGGGAGGAGGAGCACGAGAAAGUGGCCGAGAUUAAGCAGGAGGACAUCAAAAAGGAGCUGCAACACGGCGAGGAGAGCAAUGCAAUGCUGCACAAGAAGACGCGACGUGGCAAGAAGCGACGCAGGGCCCACCAUCAUCAUCAUCAUCAUCAUCAUCAUCAUCAUGAUCACGAUCAUGAUCAUCUGCUGGAUGUGCAACAGCAGUUGAAAUUGGAUUCGUUGCUCGUCAAGCCGCACGAAUUCUUUCCCAUCUCUUUUCCGCUGACAUACGGCGGCAUACCCCACCUCCUGCUCCCGCCCACUGGCAAAUCGCCAGCGAAUCUGUUGUUGUCGUCGUCGUCGUUGUCGUCGUCCAAUUGCAAAAACCAAUUCCCGCAAAAUGUCUUCUUUCGGCGCACCAAUUAUGUGCUGAAGGAUGAGGCGCUGAUGUCGCACGACAGCCAGCAAUACGAUCUCAUUCUGUGUCUGUCGGUCACCAAGUGGAUGCAUCUCAAUUUCGGGGAUGCCGGCCUCAAGUUGGCCUUCAAGCGCAUGUUCAAUCAACUGCGGCCCGGUGGCAAGCUUAUACUCGAGGCCCAAAACUGGGCCAGCUACAAGAAGAAGAAGAAUCUAACGCCGGAGAUUUACAACAAUUACAAGCAGAUUGAAUUCUUUCCCAAUAAAUUUCACGAGUAUCUGCUCAGCUCGGAGGUGGGAUUCAGUCACAGUUACACGCUCGGCGUGCCCAGGCACAUGAACAAGGGCUUCUGCAGGCCCAUACAGUUGUACGCCAAGGGAGACUAUACGCCAAAUCAUGUGCGCUGGAGCGAUGCGUAUUAUCCGCAGACGCCGUACGAGGCAUAUCGGGGCAUCUAUGCCACAUUGCCGGCGGGCGUUGGCCAUCGGACGGGUGGCGGCGGCAGCAGCAGCAGUGCUGGUGGCAGCCAGAGCGGCCAUGCACCACAUCAUUUGCAUCAUCUGUUGGGCAGCUCGACACGUUCGCAGACAUAUGAUACGCCUCAGUAUGCGGGCAGUGCAUCGGGCUCGGCCAGUUGCCGGCAGACGCCGAUGUAUCAGCAUACGUACAAUCCGCUGGAGACGGACUCGUAUCAGCCCAGCUACGACAUGGAGUAUCUGAAUCAUAUGUAUGUGUUUGCAUCGCCGCUGUAUCAAACGGUUUGGUCGCCGCCGGCAUCGCUGAGACGGAGUUCGUCGCAUACGCCAGUUUUUGGCAGUGUACGCGAAGCGGAACUCGAUGGGGAUGGCAGCAUUGGCGGCGGGGGUAGUGGCGGUGGCAGCUAUCAUCGACAUGUCUAUCCGCCCAACGAUGACACCUGUUCGCCAAAUGCGAACGCAUGCAAUGCAUUCAAUUCGAUACGGGAUGCGGACACGGAUGAUUCGAAUCAGCUGCCGGGCGGCAGUCGACGGCAUGUGUAUGCCACAAAUUGUGGCGAGAGCAGCUCAUCGCCGCAGGUGAAUCAUCACGAGGCCAGCUCCGAUGCCGAUGUCGAUGCACUAAUGGACGAUGAACAGAAGACGCUGGCUGCGGGCAGCGGCGCCACCUACUGUGAUCUGUCGGAUGCAUAAGCAAGCAAAUCAACCAGAGAUAUCGCAACUAAUUGUGUCAAAAUGCAAGAGGAAAUCUACACUAUAUAUAUAUACAUAUAUAUGUAUAUCUAGAUGUAUACUUAAAUAUAUAACAAUUUGUAAACCAAGUUAAUACACUGCUCGCUGCGGAAUUGGAAAGUCAUUUGUAAUUUAAUCAAAUCUACCUUGUCGAUAAGUCAGCUUUAUCAAUUACUCUUUCAAGUCUCAAAUUGUACAACUUUUAUUUGUUGACUUUCGUUUUACAUUACCUUAUUAUUAUUUAGAGCAAAUAUUACAAAUGAAGUUAUCCAAUUUUCAAGCGAACACUGUAUUAAACAAAAAAAAAAUAAAAACAAAUAUAAAAGAUGUGUUAAAC